GGGCGCGCUCAUGUUCAUCAACACCAUGGCGAAGGCGACGUCAAGCGUGUGAAUAAUUUUUUGUUUUCUACGCGAAAAUGUUGUUUUCAAUUCGUUUAUAAGUUGAAAGACUUUAUAUAAAGUUACCACAGGUGCUAAUAAGUUGUCAAGUGUACAAACUAUUGUUGGAAAGUUGGAAGUUAAGUGUGUGAAGUUAUAACGAACUCUACGAUCACUUCGGAAUUCAGGUGUCAACGAGGAUGUUAGCUUCCUCAUACCCGGCACCAUUCAGCUAAGUUUCAAGAUACUACGGAUACAAAGAGUGAUACGAAAUAUAAAAAUGCAGCGGCAUUAAGCUGCUAUACAGGUGGUGUCACGCCAUGCAGCGCGCGGGUGGGAGAAGGGCCUGUGCGCCAUGAGCCACACUCCUAUAGGCGGCCACCCGCAAGGUUGGGAGCACAAGCUUGCUGACAGGUCGUCUCUGCCGCCGGCGUCAGGGGAGGAGAAGAGCAAAUCUCAGUCCAAACAUGUGUUCGCACAACCACAUUUCUCUAAGGUCAGCAUGGCGUGGCGCGAGCAGACGGAGGGCUCGUCGGGCAGUUCGGCGCGCUCGCCCGCCUCGCCGCCGUACAUGCGCUGGGCCAAGAGUCUACACGAGCUGCUCGAGGACGCGGAGGGCGUGCGGCUGUUCCGCAAGUUCGUGGGCGGCGCGGGCGGGCUGCACGUGGACCGGCUCAACUUCUACUUCGCCGUGCAGGGCCUGCGCCAGGAGUACGAGCCGGCCAAGAUACGGCAGGUCGUCUCCGCUAUAUACAAAUUCCUGCGCAAGUCACAGCUAGCGAUGCCCGAGGAGCUCAAGCUUCAGGUGAAACAGAGCCUCAAGGACGGCUCCAACAUCGAGAAAACUAUAUUCGACAACAUGGAACAAGAGGUGACGCGCGCCAUCACCGAGACGACGUACCAGGCGUUCCUGCGGUCGGACGCGUACGUGUCGUACGUGAGCGCGGCCACGCAGCCGCUGUCCUCGCCCGACGCCUCGCCGCCCUACCCGUCCAGAGAGGCGGGCGCCGGCGGGUACGGGCUGGCGACGCUGCACGAGGGGCAGGAGCUGGCGGGCGCGGCGGGGGGUCCGGCGGGGGGUCAGGCGGGGGGUCCGGCGGGGGGCGCGGGCGCGGCGCGGCUCACGCACGACGCGCUGCUCGCCACGCAGUCGCGCCGCCUGCACGCCGACGUCGCGCCACACCGCAAGCGCUCGGUGUACAGUGCGCACGCGUCGUACGCGGGCUACUGCCCCGCCUCGCGCCACGACUCCGAGCGCGCCAGCCUCAGCAGCGGCCGCGCCGACAGCGACGCCGUGUCGCUCUCCGGCAGCAGUCUCGACGGCAUGUCGGCGCGCGGGCGCGAGUCCCGCGAGGCGCGCCACCGCCCGCGCCUGCACGGGCUCGACCGACACGCCGUCAUCAACAAGGAGCAGGACACCGCCAUGGUGAUCCCGCGCACGGCGCGCGUGCAGGCGGAGCAGCUGCGCGUGCUGCCGCCCGCCGAGUUCGCGCCGCUGCUCAUCGAGAAGCUGGAGCGCGUGCGCCGCGACCAGGACGCCAAGGAACGCCUCGAGCGCCGCCUCGCCGAGGGCGAGGGCGACGAGGCGUCGAGCCAAGCAUUGCCACCGCAGCUGGUGGCGGCCGCCAUCCGUGAGAAGCUGCAGCUCGACGACGACAACGACCAGGACAUACUCGACCAGCACGUGUCGCGCGUGUGGUCGGAGCGCACGCCGGGCGCGUCGCCGCCGGGCCGGCGCCGCGCGCGCCACGCGCACCGCCGCGCGCCCUCCGCGCUGUCCGCCGACUCGGGCCACUACGACGCGCCGCCCGACCACCCGCUCACGCGCCGCUCCUUCUCCAAGAAGACCGUCACCGAGCUCACCGACAGCGGCGUGUCCGUGCUCAGCGACAACACCAGCAGCGCCGCCGGCGUCGAGCCGCGCAUCCUGCUCUGGAUCGCGGAGGGCUCCGAGCGGCUCGAGCGGCUGGAGCGCCUCGAGCGCCGCGCGCACCUGUCGCGCGGCUCGUCGGCCGAGCGCGCCGAGCGGGCCGAGCGCGCCGAGCGCGACGAGCACCGCCGCCGCGACAAGCCGCGCGAGCGGGCCGAGCGCGCCGAGCGCCGGGCCGCCGGCAAGGACGCGCCGCACACCGUGGUCGUGGUUACGUUCCUGGACGAGAACGUGCCGUACCGGUUCAAAGUGCCCGCCUCGCCGCUCACGCUUAAAGUGUUCAAGGAGUACCUGCCCAGGAAGGGAAACUAUAGAUACUUCUUCAAAACGAACUGCGCUGACCUCGACACCGUGAUACAGGAGGAGGUGAGCAACGACAACGACACGCUGCCCAUGUUCGAGGGGAAGGUGAUGGCGCGCGUCAAGAGCAUAGACUAGGCGCCGCCACACGCCUCGCCACACCGCGCCACACCGCGCCACACCGCGCCACACACUACACCACACAUCAGCUCGCAUAAAAUACAACCGCUGCAGUUUCUAAAUUCCAAAAUAGGAACGUAAUUUGAUUGGUCGUUUCGAGGACGUACGUGAUAUUCUCUACCGUGAUUGGCCGAGUUUGUCAACGUUUAAAACUAACGCGUACAACGUUAUUUCAACAAGCUGAUGACGCAGUUCAAACGCAACUAAACGUGUUACAGUCGGUAACAGCUUAGCAUCGUCUUCAGCCAGAUUAUCGUCAUAUGCGUGUACCUUUAUAGACGACCGAUGACUUGCUGAAGUGAAAGUGACACCUUAGUUGUGCGUGGUAUAGUCCGUAUUUUAUUUUAUAUUAAAAUAAAAUAAUUGCCGAAACGUCAACUCAGUUCUAUCUCUAUAUGAUUGGAUUUAAAGAUGUAAACUUGCCUCUUUGCAACAUUCCUGUAAAAAUAGUAAAAAAUUGUACUUGCUUGGAGUAUGAGAGAAGUGCAGGGGAAUUGAGCUAUUCGAAUCGUUUAAGAUGAUUUAUAGGUUUUUGAUAGAAAACAUGUCAGAAUUAUACAUUAUCUGACGAUUGAACGAUCAGGAUUUAUAUUUAUAAAAUAAUUCAAUAAUUUUUAAAUAUAACACCAUACUAUUUUUUUAAAUAGAUAAAUAAAUAUUAUACAAGAACAUUUUGACAUUACGUUAAUAAAUAAAAUCACGGACUUGUCAUUACCUCUGCUAACAUUGUUUCAAAAUUCAUCAGUGAAUAAAGAAUAUUUUGGCAAACAAUCACGAUAUCACUCUCCCACAUUUACUGCUUAUACUUCAAGCGAGAAUUUCAUUCGGCGAUGUUUUAUAAAGAAUCAUCUGACUCACGCUUGCUAGAAACGGUAUACAAGAGCUCACAACGUUGCUAGAAGAUGCACAACUUGAGCAACUACAAUGUAAUAUGGCACGUGUAAAAGAUCAUAUAGGAUGUGACGACAACAAUCUUCUUUCAAAGAACCUCAUUAUUAUCCUACACAUCAUGUUUUAAAACAUCAUCUCACGAUAAAUGUAGAUGUACUGGGCGUGUUUGGCUAUGAAAUGAAUACGAGUAGCAAAGUGUGAGAGAGAUGAAGCGAUUGUGCGGCCUAUAGACUUAAUGUCUACAGAAAAGUUACGUGUAUUGAACGAUGACUUCAACCAAACAACAAAAGACAUGAAAUGGACGCAUAAUCGAAUUGUUUCUCUACAGAGUCGAUUUUGUUUAGGUAUUUACUACUCAGCACAUUCUCCAUUUAUUCUAUAAGCGUAGUUAAAGGUUGGUGCGUCGCAUUAUUGUAACCAUUGAGUUGAUUUGAGGCAAGUUUAUAGCCUUAUGUUUCCCGUAAGGGUUAACGAGAAUUGAAAAGCAUUUUUGCGGCUCCGCGAGUCUGUGUUAAGUUGAUCACAGAUGUGUGUGUGUGUGUAUGUGUGUGCAAGUGAACAAUAACCAUAAAGCCCUGUCUAAAUAAGAACUUUCGAUAAUGUAGCAGAGGCUCUUGUGGUUUUCUUUAAGGUGUAAACUGUUUUUAAAAUUGGUUUUAUUUAUACAUUGUAACCAUUCAGAACUUUACGCGUAUUUCCGUAAUAUUAUUUUGUUUUUUUUUUUUUAUAACAAUAGGCUGGAAGAACUGUUUCCGUAGCCUUGCAAAAUCAAAUUUAAUAUAAAUUAAACACUAGACGGGGCGGCGAUAGAGUAUAAUUAUUUAUUUUAAAACAGAUUACGUUACAAAUAAGAAUAAUGGGUAUAACGCGUGAGCUAUACUGUAAAAAUUCUGUUCCUCAUUGACACUUAGCUUUUUAUUGGUUAAUUAAUAAUUAUUUUUAAUAUUUUUUUUUUACUUGGAGCUAGUUGAGUACGCUUACUAUUGUACGAUAUUUAAAACGACAGAAUGAUAGUGCGCCAACGUUCUUUUUAUAUUCCUAGUGUUACUUGAAUGACUGCUUAGUUUGUAUAUUUCAUUUAAAAUUAAAACUUUAAGAUUUUACGAAACGUUCUCUUUGAAUAUAUAGUUUGGCUGUUAUUGGAUAUUCGGCAGUUGACGGGUUUGUAAUGAAUUAACACAAUUUGAUGGUUGAAUUUGCUGUUUAUCUGCACGAAAUAUUUAAAAUUGUUACAAUAUAAAAAAAACAAGACAUUUCAGGAUUUUAAUACGCAUAAUUUUGAACAGAUAGACAGCAUUUUCCCCUUUGAAUUACACACAAAACAAAAUUGUUAUACAAAAUCAUAAUAUACUUCCAAAAAAACAAUGGGAUCUCAAUCAAAUAUCAAUAUAAAUGAAUUUAAAAUACGCUAAUUAAGUGGACAUAUAAUUUAUAAUAAUAAAUUUCCGUUCUGCAGCUGUGAAUAGUACUAAUUAGCUCGAUAGUGUAUAGCAAUAUAUGAACGUUUAUUCUGUCAGUUGACGCUGUGUUCAGACGUCUACGCGUGCAUGCAGUCCUCGACCUCGCGGUGAUUGUUAAAAACUAUUCCAUCAUUAGCUGAAUGAAUCCUUAGCUGACGACAUAUUUGUUUCUUUUAUAUUUUAUAAUUUUCCUGUUGCUCGAAUCGCUCGGAUGUUUAAACGUCUACGUUUAUAUUACAAUACCGUGGACGCGUGAAUGACUGAACACAACGGACCUACUUGUAAAAUGCCAGACUGAGUUCCCCUGUAAAAACUCAAAUUGUAGCUAGUCCAGAUGUGCAUUGCUCGUUAUAAGAACGGUAUGGGAACGUGCAACACCGACCCGGCUAACAUAGCGCGCAAUGUAAAUCGUGCAGUACUUAUUUCUCGCAUAUUGUGUAAUAAUGUGUAAGUUAGCUUGUCACGUCCGGUCCAUGGCGCGGCGGCACCGAGGCCGACCACUGUCGAUGUUUAAUCACCGGUGAACUCUCCACUCUUGGCUGAUCUACAUUUUUUUAUAAAGAUUCGUUAUUACAUUUUUUUACUAUUCCCAUUGUAAUUGUUCGAAAUAAGCGAUUUAUUCGACACGAGUGGCCCCGGUAUCGUCGCGCGUUAAUAUUAAAAGAAAGUACAGUGUGGAGUGUUGCCAGCGACGAGUGCGCCGUACGUUAUGCACAGAUGGGAAUCGGGUGCGGAAUCAUGUGCCUUCAAUGUUGAUAAAAUGUUUAUAGUUGAUGCUUAUAACUAGUUGUAAGUGUAACAUUGUAAAUAUAGUUACGUAACGCUACAAUCGUUUCGAACUCUUUAUUUUUUAUUAAUUUAAAUGAAUAAUUUUUUAUUUAUUUGCGUGGCGGUUGCGUCGCCAGAGGUCGCGCGACACCGCCGCGGACACAGCGGGCGCCGCGGCGAUCUCAAGCCGGACGUGUCCACAUCACUGCCAACUUGUUUUCCAUUGACUCGUGUAAGUUUGCGUGGAAUUCUUGCCAUUGAUUGUCCGCCGAUCGCCCUCCACAGCGCCGGUGGAGUGUGGGCGGUGUAGGUGGCGUGGGCGGUCGCCACGUGCCGCUGUGUCGCGCUGCAGGGCUCGCGACGGCGCCGCGGAAUACACAUUAGUCUGUCCCGCGACUGCGGCCGCCGACGAUACAACUGUAUAGAUCAAUUAUCGUUUAUAAAUUAUAACAAUCCAGGCACUUUCAGUACACAUAGCGUAUAUAAGUAAAUAAAAAGCAAUAGGAAUGUUCCGCAAACUAAACAAUAAUUGCGGGAAUUCAAUUUUGCUUGUUAAAAUUGUAAAGUAUAUAAAGUUUCCAAUUUAGUGAUACGACUGUGGAUUUAGAUAAACUGUUUGUAUUAUAGAAUAUAAUGAACCAUUUCAACAUUUCAAGGUAAAACAAACGCGAUGCAGCGCGAUGUUGGACAGUAAAAGAAUUUCACUAAUCGGACUGUAUUAUUUUUUUAUCUAGCACAAAUGUAACAUUUAAAAAAUAAACUGGAACUGUGCCAUAUAAA